AUGAAGUCGACAGUUGGCACAUUAUUAGCUUCCACGGCGGCGUUGUACGUCCACGGCACAUCAGCCGUCACCUCGGCCUUCUGCCCCAACGAUGGAGACGUCUGUUUCCGCUGGGGCGUCCCAGAGGCGUCCGCUAGCUCGGGUUCUGGCAACAUCUACUUCCAGAUGGAAGCUCCCAGCAGCGUCCAAUGGGCCGGCCUCGGUAUCGGUCCCAGCAUGUCAGGCGCCGAGAUGUUCCUCAUCUACCAGAACGGCGACGGCAACGUGACUCUCAGCACACGGACUGGCACCGGUCAUGUCAUGCCCCAAUACACAAGGCGGACAGCAGUUGAACUCCUCGCCGGCUCUGGCGUCUCUGGCGGCAAGCUGAUUGCUAACAUUCGGUGCGGCGACUGCGAUAGUCUUGACUUUGAGGGAUCCAACUCGUGGAUCGCGGCCUGGAAGAAUGGUGACUCCCUAGACUCGACCAGUGUCUCGGAGAGGAUCAGCGAGCACGACGAGCAUAGCAGCUUCUCUGUCAACUUUGCUCAGGCAUCCAUGAGCUCUGAUAGCAACCCUUUCACUUCCAGCAGUGACGAUUCCGACUCGAAUUCCGAUUCAGACUCCAAGACUGGCUCUGGCUCUGGCUCUGGCUCCGGCUCCGGCUCCGAUUCCAACUCUGGAGUUGUAACCGAGUCCUCUGGCCCGAGCAAGACCGUGCUAAGAGCUCACGGUAUCAUCAUGUCCAUCGUCUUCCUUGCUGCAUACCCCCUGGGAGCUGUUCUGAUGCCCAUCAUUGGAAACUGGUUGGUCCACGCCGGCUGGCAGUUCAUCGCCUUCCUGGGUAUGUGGGCUGGCUUCGGUCUUGGUUACGUCUAUGCCCGUGACGGGGGCUAUUGGUGGCAGCAAACCCACACCAAGAUGGGCACAAUUGUUGUUGCGCUGAUGGGUCUCCAACCCAUUCUUGGAUUCGCCCAUCACCGAUACUUUAGAAGCCAUGGCAAGCGAGGGGUCAUCAGCCACGUCCAUAUCUGGUUCGGUCGAAUCCUCAUGAUCCUUGGUAUCAUCAACGGAGGACUGGGCCUGCAGCUUGCAAACUCCUCCAAGGGAUAUAUCAUUGCCUACUCGGUCAUUGCUGGUAUCGCGGCCCUGCUUUACACUGGUAGCAUCUUUGUUGGCGGCAUGAGGAGGACGGCUCGCGCCAAGUCAAUCUCUCCGCAAAUGUCCCAGGAGGAGCAGCGAUAA